CUGCCUAAGAUACUGAAGUAUUAAAGUACACAGUAGUAAUAGCGGAUUAGCAUUUAUCCUCAGCCUAUUAGCUUGUGUUGACAGCAAAGGUGCUUUAAGCCAUUCAGGACAGACCUGUGCCAGGAACUUGUAAAUAUGUUCGGCUCAUUUAAAGACAAAAGGCAAUUCUAGAAUUUACUGCAUAUCAUGCAGGGUUUAAAGGUAAGUUCUGGUCAUGUAUGAAGUGUAGUUAAGACGACUUGUCACCAUUUUCACUGAUUGUUAGUAUACUGUUAGUUUAAGCUGACAAUGUAUCAGUGACAGAGCUAGAGUAAACAUGACAAUGUACAUUUGGGGACUUUUUUCACUUAUAAAAAAUGAAAUAAAUAAUAUUACACAGACUCUAUUUUUUUCUAUUCAGAACUAAAGGGCAGUGUUUAUUUAUUAUAAGAAGAUAUGUAUCCAUAAAGAUCUGUAUUUAAUAACUAUCUAUCUAACUAUCUACUCUAUAUUUAAUAUUGCAUCAGACCAAUGUCUUCCUGUCCUUUAUUUAGAUGUUUCCAUGGUCUAAAACAUUUAGUCUGGACCCCCAGCGUCUUAAUCAGCGCUCGCCUGAGGAGAUGGUGACCCAUACACUCAUGCAGGAGCUAGGCUCUUUGCUGAAACGCACCGAGCAUUUCUGUCAGGUGAGGGCAGCCGAGAUUCGCAGACGCAACUCCUGUGUGGACUACAGCUGGCUGGCAGCGACCCCGCAGAAGCCGUCAUAUGAGAUCAUGCCUGGAGAGCUUCUAGAGCUUCAGGAACUCUGUUUAAAGAUCCCUCCCUCUCAGUGUGGCCCUAUCAUUCUCAGAGUAAGGAAACUGGUGAGAGAAUUGGAACCAGAGGUGACAGAGGUGCCACAACUCUUCCGCCUGGUGCUGUGUGACUGUCUGGAUGAGCAGCAUGAAGACUUAACAUUCAGGGAAAGAUCUCUGCGGGCUCGAGCAAUUUUCUGGAGCCAACAUCGUAGUAAGAGUGCAUUCUCUAUUGGCCUGUCCUCACACCAGUUCCUCAAAAAACACUGGAGCAGAGGAUCAGCAGGGCAGAAUAUAGAAACGCUGUGUAAGGAGAAUGAAGCCUGGGCCAAGGAUGAAGAAAACGGAAUGGUGGUCCCACUGUGCCGGAAAGUCAGGAGCAUGCCUGAUUUUAGUUCCACAGAAGAGAGUAAACAAACCUGAGAAAUAACACUGGAAUUAGAGGGAGUAUUUAUAUAUACUUUAUAAUAUAUAUAAAGUAUUUGCUGUUAAAAAUUAAGCUCAGGUCAAACAAAUUUACAACCAUAUAGGUAGCAAUAGCAGAGAAAUUAGGGGAAAAAAACAAUAUUAUGCAAUUUGGCUGUGGUUUAACUGUUACG